CCACCAAAUGUUUUAACCAAAGUGAGGCUUAUGACAUGUUAAACACUUCAUGUGCUCAUAUGUGCUCUCUGUAGUAACACAAACGACUAUUUUAGCAUUGUUUUGACACAUGAGUGUUGGGCUGUGCUGGAUCAAUGCAAAUCGUUGCUGGACAGGGAGAAGAAAGCAUGCCGACAGAGCCCAGUCAAGGAGAAACUGGCGUGAGCUCCAACUGCGCAAUCUGUGGCGACAAAGCUACAGGUAAACAUUACGGUGCUUCCAGCUGCGACGGCUGCAAAGGCUUCUUCCGCAGGAGCAUCAGGAAGAGCCACGUGUACUCAUGCAGGUUCAAUCGUCAGUGUGUUGUUGAUAAAGAUAAGAGGAACCAGUGCCGGUUUUGCAGGCUUCACAAAUGUUUUCGAGCUGGAAUGAAGAAAGAAGCCGUUCAGAAUGAGCGCGACCGUAUCAGCUCCAGGAGGAACAUGCAGGAGUCACAUGACCUGCCACCAAUCACGGCCCUCGCUCAUGCUGAAUCUCUCUCACAGCAGAUCAACGUCGCCAGUCCGGUGGGCCCUGCAGAUGUCUCAGAGAAAAAAUCGGCGACUGUCGCUGAUGUCUGUGAGUCGAUGAAGCAGCAGCUGCUCGUUCUGGUAGAAUGGGCUAAAUACAUCCCGGCUUUCGGUGAAUUGCCCCUUGAUGACCAGGUUAGUUUAUUGCGAGCACACGCUGGUGAGCACCUUUUGCUCGGGGUUGCCAAGAGGUCAAUGUCAUACAAAGACAUCUUGCUUCUAGGUAACGGAUGCAUCAUCCAUCGAAACUCCCACGAGCCGGAGAUAGGUCGGGUGGCUAACCGUGUCUUGGAUGAACUGGUGUUACCCUUUCAGGACAUCCAAAUAGACGACAAUGAAUAUGCAGCUUUGAAGGCUAUUGUGUUCUUUGACCCUGAUGCCAAAAGCCUAAGAGACCCUUCUAAGAUCAAGGCGAUGCGGUAUCAGGUUCAAAUGAGUUUGGAAGACUACAUAAAUGACCGUCAGUAUGACUCGCGCGGGCGAUUCGGAGAGCUUUUGCUUCUUCUUCCUACCCUGCAGAGCAUUACUUGGCAGAUGAUUGAGCAGCUACAGUUUAUCAAGCUGUUUGGCAUGGCCAAGAUAGAUAACCUGCUGCAGGAGAUGCUUCUCGGAGGUCUGACCACUGAACAGCCUCACUUACAUCACAACGGUCACCCGCAGGUACCAAUAACAGGGCAGACCAUAGUCAUUAGCUCAAUACCUGGACAUUCACAGCAGAUAGUUUCUUUAGCAUCUCCAGAGACCCCCAUUCCUUCCCCUACUUCAGUACAGAUUCAAGAGGUCUACAAGACUCCCGGCAGCCCAGCUCUUCUGCUUCCACCACAGCCCAUGUCAAACAGACCAUCUCCUGAGCCUCCACUAUAAGGCUCCACCGACCUCAUUCUCUUUCGUGCAGGUGCAUUAGAGCCCUGUGUGUUUGUAUAUGUGUAAAUUAUGUGAGCAAACUUUGACCCUUCCUUGCCUCCUGUGUGAACAUAUUUAUCCGAGUGAAAGGGAACUUCUGCUACCAUGGUCCACUGAAACAAAAAAAUUGAAGACCACCAAAUGAAAAUUGUGAAAAUAAGUCCCUGUAAAGACAAUCUUGAAAAUGUUUUUAAACACAUUAUAAAUGUUUAAAAUGUAUUGCUAAAACAUGCCACAAAGACUGUAAACUAUGUAGUACUGAAUUGCAGAGUUAGAUUAUUUUUGCCUUUAUUGAUAGACAGUAGUUUUGGGAGACAACAGGAAAGUGGAGGGUGGAGAGAGGGUAAUGGGAUCGGCAAAGGACUCGGGUCGCUGGAAGUGCGUUUGCACCAUAUGUCGGAGCGCUGCCCACUACACCAUCGGCUCCGACAGUUUUGACCAUUUCUGAGUUCAGGAUUUUUUUAGGUGGGCCUUCAACGGUGGCGCGAUGAUGCACUUGAGCCACCACACAUGGCCCCGCCCUUAACACAAUCGAGAUCAUUCAUUCAGGUUUUAGCAGUAAUUGAGAAUUGAGAGAGACGGCAGCUUUCCUGCAAGUGGGCGUGGUCUUAGUGCCGACAGCGGUCACGCCCCCAGCGUUUGAGAGCAGAGAAUCCUGUGUAUCUUUCCAAGAUUUUAAUAACUUAUUUUAUUUACUUGCUGUUUCCUCCAUCAUUUAAAUUUGGUUGGGGGGUUAUUUUUGCUAAUUUUUCCGUGGCAUUCUCAUGGAUCUCCGCAUUUUUCCGUGGCCCUACCACAGACUUUCUUUUCUGUGGCAUUCUCAUGGAUUGGUUACUCAACUGUUUUGUCCUUUUUUCUUACCAUUGUCACUUCGAUUUAGAGUUAGAUUUACAUAAACUGACAUCCUUACCCAAACCCAACUCUAACCCCAGGCGACAAUUGUUUAACUCUUUCGCCGCCAUUGACGAGAUAUCUCGUCAAUCAAGAGAAAACGCUUCCCUAUAACAAGCGGCUGCAUGUCCGUGUCUGUUUUAAAGAUCGCUCUAAAUGGGAUCUCUAUGAAAAGUCCGUCACAAAAAUGGAAUAUCUCUGCUUUUUGCUCAAAAUGUGGUGUUUUUGCAGAAACCUACCCAUAUUCAAAAGCUGAUUACAAAAGAACUACUGAAGGUAGGAUGAAAGUUUUUUUUUUUUUGAAAGCAGAGGGUCUGUUCUUUCAUUUGAUAUAUUGUAUGUUUAUAUAUUUAAAGAAGAACAUUUUCUGGAAGGCAUUACACUUUUGUGAAAAUCAUGAAAAACGCUGGCGCUGGCUGGCAACUUUUUUUAAAAACGCUGGCGGCGAAAGAGUUUAAGUUCAGAUAAUAACAAAGAAAAAAUUAGAAAAAAUAGUAUAAACCAAUACUUAAAGUGACAUACUAACGCAAACACCAAAUCUAACCCUAAACCGAAGCGACAAUGGUUUGAAAAUAGGAAAAAGCAGUUGAGUUACCAAUCCAUGAGAAUGCCACGGAAAAAUUAGCAAAACAUCUGUGACUAUCCCAUGGCACUUUGUGAGAUCAUGUUGCAUUUUUCUGUGGUGUCACAUACUGAGAAUACAUUUAAUAUGUGACUUUACAGGGACUUAAUUUAUUGUUUUGAAAGAUAUUCGCGUUUUUUAUAUGGGCAUAGGUAUGGUUUCUCUUUUAUUAACCCAGCGCUGGUAAACUAGUGAUUGUGGAUAUUAUUUGUUUAUUAACAUCAAAUUAUUUUCAGUUACAAAAAUGUUUUUUGUCAAAAAUUUAAUUUAUUAACAAAAUUAUAGUAUAGGCUAUGUAAGAAAUGUUAAGUUUUGCUUGAAAGU